AUGCUCAGCAUUAAGGGCAGGGAGCCUUUCAUCCGCAUGCAGCUCUGGCAAAACGACCCGCACAACGUCGAGAAGCUGCAUGUUAUCAAGAAUGAGCGCAGAGAAGCUUCCCCCUUCCCAGCAGCCAAGAAGCCGCGCGUGCUGUUUUCAAACGAGCAGAAGGAAGCACUGCGGCUUGUCUUCUCCAUGGACCCGUGCAAGAGCACGGCUAACAUCGAGUUCCUCGCAAACGAGCUGGGACUCUCUGUACGCACCAUCACCGACUGGUUUCACAACCACAGCAUGCAGCUCAAACAGAACGUCGUCUCUCCUGGUCCCGACGAUAACCAGUCGCGAAGCGAGCCGCCGACGCUCCUCGGCUCGUCACCCGGCUCGCACGAGGGCUCCGCCUCUUUCCACUCCGCUCUGUUCCGAGGCCUCCUCGUUCAGCGGCUCGCCGAAAUGCACGGAAGUGGUGGGGACAAGAGCGGGCCCAGCGCUUUCGGCGCGGGCGCCGGCAGCCAGGGCAACGACGAAGACACGCUGGACCUGAGCAUGCCGCCUAGCCAGGCGUCUUCCGGUCGCAGGACGUGGGCACGCGGCCGCGGAACACCCGCCGAAGACCUAGACGACUCAAACUUGUCCCAGGAAGAAGCUGCGGCCGCGGGAAGUGACCACGACUCGCUGAAGGAAGAGAGCAUCUCGACGCCUUCGCCAGCGCCGCCACGGAACUCUGGCGUCGACACUCUGGGUAAGCACAACAGCUACAGCAGUCGACGACGGAAACCGGCGGCGCCCAAGUGGGUGGACCCCGGCCUGUCGCCGGACUCGGACGACGCCGGGGACGACGAGGCGAGCGCCAACGUGGACGACGACUGCGGUGCGGCAGGAGGUGAUGCGGAAAGCGCCACCAUCAACGGCGUCUGCGUCCGCCAGACGGCCACCGCUGGUGAUUUCGGGCUGAGGCUUCGCGAGACGGUGCGGGUGGACCCCGUAGCGGCCGCCGACGAUGCCCGCAAGAGCGCCGAUAGGGACGAGUUGGAAGAGGACGAUGACGACGAAGAAGAGGAGGAGACGGCGCUCUAGCUGUGCACCACCGCCAACAAAUCUAGCA